GUUUCGUUGCGGCGAUCAGUUGUUUUUUCAACUUGAAACCAAGCGGAUGCGCGACGGUCGUUAAUAAAAAAGUUAACAAAAAAGAUCCGACUCACAAACACACAUAUAGAAACGCUCGCACGCAUACUCACACCAAAUAAAAACUAGAAAAAAGACAACAAGACAAAGUGGUAGAAGCAACAGGUCAAGAAGAAGAAUAAGACUUGUUUGCUGGCUUUAUAUUAAAAUAGUUAACUAUUUAAGAGGCCAAAAAAUAAAAUUAAAACGUAAAGGCGUUGUAUUAACUGUCACUUAUGUAUGUACAGGCAUUCAAUGCUUGAGUGUGUGCGAGAGAAAAGAAAGUGCAAUAAAAACCAAAAAUUGUGAAAAGCCAACAAGUGCAGUGUAUACAACGUGUUGAACGGAUAAAAACCUAAAACAAGAAAACAGUAAAAACAGUUAAGUUACCGCGCAGCAAAAGAGAAAUAGAAAAAGAGAGUAAGAAGGCGAAGAAGCAGUGGAAGAGGAGUAAGUGGAAGCUGUAGAUAUCAUUUACCAACAACCUGUCGCAUCUCACCAAAGAUCAAAAGCAAGAAAGAGAGGGGGCGAGAUCAAGAGCGCCAGCGAAAAAGAGGUAGAAUAUCCGAUUGAGAAGCAGUUGUUGUUGCUGCACAACCGCUGGCGGUGCAGCCCUGAGAUGCAGAUCAACCAAAGCUAGUCUGGUAUGUGGCUUCAGUUCAAGGAGCAGAAUCACUAGCAAUAACAUUAAUUAAGGGAUCCAAAGGAUCCAAUAUCUUCAACACGAUCAUCACAGACGAAGAGAUUGACAACAAAAUGCAGGUACCCGAACACGUUGUUUCACUGUACAUCGCCACCUGUGGCCAAAAUGGACCCGGUCUGGGAUCGGACGAGAAGGAGAUCAUUCUGCUGGUCUUUGUUCUCUUGGAGGCCACCACUGGACAGAUUGUGGGCACUAAACAAAUACUCGUGCGGCCGGAUGGCUACUUCAUCAAAGAUCGCACCAUCUCUGGCUCCUCAGACAAUUCGAGUGUGGCCAAUAAUACGGCCAGUUCACCGCCCCUGGCUAUUGGAGAUACCAAUAAUGGCGGUGGAACUGGAAGUGGCAAUGGAAAUAGUUCGGAAAAUGGAUCUGAAAUGAUCCUACCCAUUGCAGAGGCCCAGGCGACGGGCAAACCUUUAAGCGAGGCCAUCGAAGAGUUUGAUGCCUAUCUACGAUCUCUGUCGCUCCACGAUACGGAGAUCAAACUGGUGACUGACGGCCAGUUGCCCCUGAGGCAGUGCCUCCAUCGGGAGGCCAGUGCCAAGGACGUGGAGCUACCGACGUACUAUAAUCGUUUUAGCGAUCUCCGCAAGGAGUUCUUGCGCUACAAGUCCGGCGACCUUGCCCGCGCCCUCGUUCCUGUUAAGGAUGUCAAGAAGAUGCUGCAGGCACCAACGCAGCCCAUGCCCCAAUCCAUUGCUGAAAUGCUUGGAGAGCUCAACACCUCAUCGGUGGAGGACAAUGACUUUUACAUUCGCGAAUCUCGCGACAUGGUCACUGUGAUCCAGACCCUGCUGCAGGCAGGUCACAAAUUUGCUGCUAACGAAGUGGUCAACCUGGUACUGGAACCUGGAAUUUGCUCCAUAGACGACGAAAUCGACGGUAAUUGUAUAGUAAGGGCCAGAGGAUUACCCUGGCAGAGCAGUGACCAGGACAUAGCCAAGUUCUUCCGAGGCCUCAACGUAGCCAAGGGUGGCGUAGCCCUCUGUCUGUCUCCGCUGGGACGUCGUAACGGCGAGGCUUUGAUCCGCUUCGUGAGCCAGGAGCAUCGUGAUAUGGCGCUCAAGCGGCACAAGAAUCACAUGACCACCCGUUACAUCGAGGUUUAUCGGGCAUCGGGUGAGGAUUUCCUGGCCAUAGCCGGCGGAGCCUCCACUGAAGCCCAGGCAUUCCUGUCGAAGGGCGGUAAAGUGAUCAUUCGGAUGCGAGGAUUGCCCUAUGAUGCCACCGCCAAGCAAGUGCUGGACUUUUUCACCACAGGCGACAAUGCGCCCUGCCACGUUCUAGACGGAACCGAAGGUGUGUUAUUUGUUAAGAAGCCGGAUGGAAGGGCCACUGGAGAUGCCUUCGUACUUUUUGCCCACGAGACGGAUGCGCCCAAAGCGCUGGGACGGCACCGUGAAUCCAUCGGACAGCGGUACAUAGAGCUAUUCCGUUCGACGACCGCCGAAGUUCAGCAGGUGCUCAACCGGUCGAUGGACCCCAAGAACUACGAGUCGGGCAGCGGGCACAGCCAGCCGCCGUUAAUCGCCCAACUGCCAUCGAUGCAGCUGCCGCUGCUGCCGCAGGUGGGUGCCCACAGCCUCACCCACAGCCUCGGAGCCAGCCCCGCUAACCUGUGCCCCCCCGUGCCACCUCCCGCUCUCCCUCUCCCCACACAGCACCUCAUCACAUCGGGUACCACCAAGAACUGCAUCCGGCUGCGCGGACUGCCCUACGAGGCGAUGGUCGAGCAUAUCCUGCACUUCCUCGAUGACUUUGCCAAGCACAUCAUAUACCAGGGCGUUCAUAUGGUUAUCAAUGCGCAGGGCCAGCCAAGCGGAGAGGCCUUCAUCCAGAUGGACCAGGAGGAAUCGGCUCGUCUGUGUGCCCAGCGCAGGCACAAUCAUUACAUGAUGUUCGGCAAGAAAUAUCGUUACAUCGAAGUGUUCCAGUGUUCCGGCGACGAUAUGAAUAUGGUCCUCAACGGUGGCAUCGCAUCGCCGGUGGCCCAGCCGCCGCCACCACAUCUUGGCCACGCUCACAAGCAGCAAUCGUUGCUGGCCGCCACCACGGGUAUGUUUAGUUCGGCGGGUCAGUCGCCGACGACCGUAGCCGCCGGUACAGCUCAGUCGCCGCUAGGCGGCACCCAUUCACAUACUCACCCGCACUCACAUGCGCAUGCGCACGCCCCGGGCCACGCCCAUGCAGCAGUCGCUGCCGCUGCUGCGGCCCAUCACGGAUUGUCCGCCUCGUCGGCCAUUUUGCCAGGCCUCUCGGCUGCCGCUUCUGCAUCCGGAUUAGCUUCUUUCAUGACCGCCGGUCAGACGACGGCAGCCGCAGCUGCUCAUUCCGCUGCCUCGUUACAAAAUGCCGCGGUGGCUUUGACCCCGCAGGGCUAUGCCCUUAAUCCUUUCUCGCUGCCGCCGCCAGGAUCUUCGGCUGCUGCAGCAGCAGCCUCAACACCCGCCCUGCUGGCCCAACAGCAGGCUCAGUUUAUAGCCCAACAGAGUUUGCUGGUGCGACAGCAGGCUGCUGCCUUAGCCGCUGAACAACAGCAGCAACAGCAACAGCAGCAGCAGCAACUCUAUGCCAGUGCAAUGUUGCAACAGCACCCGCUGUACUUGCAACAGCAACAGCAGCAACAGCAACUGUACGCCAGUGCCAUGUUGCAACAGGGUCAGCCACAGUUUGUGCUUAUGCAGAGGCCCUCGUCCGCCUAUUUGCCGCCCUUUCCGCUCGGCUAUAUGUCCGCUGCGGGGGCGGCAUCAGGAGUGGGCGUGGCGCCAGGAGCAGCAGUUGCUGGGGCAGCGACGUCAGCAACAUCGGCCACCGCCAGCAACGCUUCGCUGAGUCAGUCGAUGAAGCGGUCUUAUGAGAACGCCUUCCAGCAAGAGGCAGCGGCAGCGACGGCCAGCGCGGCCAAAAGAGCCUUAACCCGUCAAAACGGCUAUUACAAUUCUUACUACAAUUCGGGAUUGUAGAUCCCAAAAAAUAAAUUAAACAAAAAGAAAGAAAGCUAACCUGAAAUAAGAGCUCCAACUCCAGCACUUCGGGCACAUUCCGCGAGUGGGUGGGGUGUUCAUAUAAUACCUACCUUAAGGCGCACACCAAUAACCAUAUCAUAUGUACCAUCAUGGCCACACUCACACUCUCACUCACACACAUACACAUAGCGCAUACCAGACAUUCUCUAGAGCUUAAUUAUUACCAAUUCGGAAUGUAGACUUAAGUACUUUUCUUGUAUGGAGUACUCGUAGUAGCCUAAGCAUACUUGUCUAUGGUCUAAGCGAAUAAUACUUACUAUAUAUAUAUAUUUAAUAUAAACCAACAUACACACACGCGGGCAAACACACACAUAUACACCCACAAGCACUGCUCACCCAUACACGCAUAAGUACACCAGCUAACAGAGGGAAUUUAUAAAAAGGAUCAAAGAUCAAUGAUCCUGAUCACUUGUGUUCUACUAAGCGACAUUCCACACUUAUGGAUAUUGUUUUGAUUUUAAUUUUGAUCUACGCUUGGUGUGAGUGUGUGUGUGUGUAUGCACGCGUGUGCGUAAAGAGGGGCAGAACCUUGGCUGCCCUUCGAUUCGAAGGCAAUCAACAGAGGCUAACGUGGCUCAUGGAGGGAGCUAGAUGCUGUGGACGCGUUUCUGGUGGCCACCACCCACGCCCAUUCAGUGCAAUCUAAUUUUAGUGUUAACCCUUUGGAACCCUCCUUAAAAUAUAUAUAUAUAUAUAUAUAUAUCGCCAUGAGCUCUCUCCUCCCCCCAUGAACCACGUCAGGUGUUGGCUCAAGCGCAAAUUUAAACUGAAUUCGAAACUGAAACCCUUAAAACGAAAUCAAAAACCGAGAACUGUUUACGGGCUAACAACACGAGUUAAGCAAAUAUCACGAAACCCUGUUUUCUGUAAGGAAAAACGUUUUUCUUUUUCCAUGGAAUAACCGAUCGAUGGGUGGAGUUGUGUGCCUAUCGACGACUUAUAUACCAACAUUUUAUACACGCUAGCUUUAAGAUUGUGCGACUUGUAAAAUGGUUUUGCAUAUAUAUCAUAUAUAUAUAUAUUAAUAUAUAUAUUAAUUUAACCCGGCGAUCUUUUCCCGUGUCUCUCCAUGGCCGCUAACAAUCAAUUAUUAAUAAUCUCAUCUCGUCUGACUUGCAAUAUCCGUAAAACACACCCUAUAUAAAUAGUGUCUAGAUCUUAUGGUGUAGCUAUUAAGUGUGCGUAACUGGUGUUAGUCGCAAAUGGGAUAAAAAUCUCUAUACUCUACCUACCUAUCACAACCCUCUAUCUCUCGAUAUCACUGUUUGUGUGUGUGUUCUCUGUCAUCACUAAUUUAGUCGGGUUCAGAUCUUGAUCUAGUAUAGUCUAAAGCUUGUUGUAAGUUUGGGCCGCUUUAGUGUCUAUAUCUAUAUACAUAAAUAGUGUGUCUAGUCUGCAUAAUCGGAUGUUAACUGGUUACUGGUGACUUGGGAUUACAUCCCUGCAAAAUGCUUAUUAACUUUAAGACUGUCUUAGCUUUGAAGGAAUUAUGAUUUUAAAGUGAUAUGAUAAUGAAAACUUUUAAAGUAACUUACUAAGCUAAGAUUGGCCUUUAGUUAAUAAGCGUUUUGCAAAAUGUUUUUUACACACAUGCGAGCUUUUGUCCGUGCCUUACAGAAAGAACAUUCCUGACCUGUCCUAUAUCCCCCUAGCUUUACCUAUAUCCGUUCUCCUGCUGCGUCUAACACUGAGUUCCGCUCGGCUUUUUAAAGAUCGAGUUUAGCGAGGGAAAGGCAUGGGAAAGAUAGUCAGCGCCUAGCCUAAUCCUUAGCCUAAUAUAACCAUUAGUUUUAGAUGUAGUAUGGCAAUCGAGUGGCUUCAGAGCGGGUUCUACGGCCACUUUAAAGAAACUUAAAAAAAACAAAAACAAACACAUACACACACACCCAUAAUCAAUAAUAUUUACUUAACUAGUUUGUAGGCAAAGAAGUUUUUAAUGUUUUUUGGAAACGAUUUACGAUUUUUGAUAUUCCAUUCUUUUUUACCACUAGAUGUUAGUGAACAAUCUUUGAUUAAUUUUUUACAUCAAUAAAAAUACGACAUACCGCCUAAA